GCCCAACUUCUCAAUACCCUUCCAUCCUUCAGCGACGAUCAACGAUGGCCAUCACCUUCUUCUCCUCCUCUCUCCUCCCUCCUCUUCGUCUCCGCUCCCCAAACCCUAACCCUAACCCUAAACCCAAAACCCUAGCUCCCAUUCGUGCCUCCCUCUCCGACCCCUUCGUCCUCUCCAUCGCUGAGAAGCUCGAGGACUCCCUCCCCUCCUCCCCCCCUCCUUCCCUGCAAUCCCUCCGCUCACUCUCCUCCCAAUCCCUCCUCUCCAAACCAUGGCCUUCCCGCAAGGACGAGCCCUUCCGCUUCACCGACACCUCCUUCCUCAAAUCCUCCCAAAUUCUCCCCGUUUCCUCCCCAAACCCUCCUUCCGACCCUGGCUUCGAUUCUCAUUCUCCUAACCUUCUCGUCGUCGCUGAUGGCCAUCCUGUGCCUUCCUUGUCUCGCCUCUCCUCCCUCCCCUCUGGCGUCGUUGCUGGUUACCUUUCUUCUCUUCCUCCCGGCCCCGUCCUUGACCGCGUCCUCGCCGUGACUGCUUCUGAGUUUCGGGAUGGUGACCUCUUCUGGGACCUAAAUGGGCUUGGCACCCCUGAUGUCCUGGUUGUUUAUGUGCCGGAGGGUGUGAGAGUUGUUGAGGAACCUUUGCAUUUGGUGUUUUGCUCGACGGAAGGGGAGGAGGUGGGGAGUGGGAGGUUGCCGGUUUCGAAUCCAAGAGUGCUACUUGUGGUGGAAAAGAGGGCGGAGCUGACCAUUUUGGAGGAGCAUUUGGGCAUUGGGGAUUGUGAGGGGAAGUGCUACUGGGCGAAUUCCGCGAUGGAGAUCUUGAUUGGUGAAGGUGGGAUGGUGAAACACUCGUAUGUGCAGAGGCAGUCUUUGAAUGCCGCACAUAUUAAGUGGACCUCUGCUCGGCAGGAAGCAGCUAGUACCUAUGAGCUUGUUGAGGUAAGUACUGGAGGAAGGUUAAGCAGACAUAAUAUUCAUAUUCAACAAUUAGGCCCAGAGACUGUGACAGAAAUGUCAGCAUUUCAUAUAGCACAGAGCAAUCAAACACAAGAUCUACACAGCAAAUUAGUCCUUGAUUAUCCAAGAGGGUUUUCCCGACAGCUUCACAAAUGCAUUGUAUCAGAUUCUUCAGGUCAUGCUAUAUUUGAUGGCAACAUAAAGGUGAACAGAUAUGCACAACAAACCGAUGCUGGGCAGCUGACAAGAACACUCCUCUUGGCACCUCGAGCCACAGCCAAUUUAAAGCCUAACCUCCAAAUCAUCGCAGAUGAUGUCAAGUGUUCGCAUGGUGCUGCCAUCAGUGACCUUGAAGAAGAUCAGCUGUUCUAUCUCCAGACUCGUGGUAUUGAUCUUCAGACCGCAAGAGAAGCUCUCGUCUUUGCAUUCGGGAAAGAGGUGAUAACUCGGAUUCCCUAUGUUCCUCUCCAGGAGUCCGUCACCAGUCGAUUUAAGGAGCUGUUGGCAGCUAAAUAGAGCAAUUGGAAAAAGCAAAGGGAAAUGAGAAAUGAGUAAUCCGACUUUCCAGCCAAGGAAAUGGGAGGUAAUGAGACUUUCCAGAAUUGAAUGUCUUCUGCCAGCCUUAAGUCAAUUUCCUAUAAAAAUAUAUACAAAUUGGUGAACAGGUGGUGUUGUCAUUCUUUGAAUAUACAGCUAUUUAAGAAUUGUGUCAAUUGUGGGGUAUAUUAUUACCUUAGAAAUUAGGUUGCUCUAUUAAUGCUCUGUUUGACAGCAUAUGGAACCGGUGCGUUUGGAAUUAAGAUGGGUGAUCAGCCAAGC